UCAGCUAGUCGUGAGCUUAGCAACAGGCGACGCUUUGUUUUUAGAAAACAUUCGUUUUCUCUGGGCUGUGCGUAUCUGUAGGCUAAUUGUGGUCUAAAUAAGUGGUCAUCACAAGAGGAAUUGGAAAGUGUACACUUUAUGCAAUGCCAAAAUUCAAAGACGUCGUAGAGAAAUGGCGGAAAACGCCAGAGAACAAAUUCAAGCAAAAGGACCGUGAACUCUGUAUCCAAAUUGGCAGUGCCUGCAUUGAUCAAGGAGAGAGUGCUAAGGUACUGGACUUCAUCAAAGAAGAAAAGAACCAGGGUAUAGUCAGGGCUCUGGGUCUUGGGCUGCUACAGCCACUGGUCAAAGAGGUUCUGAAGAGGAAGCGGAACCCUGUGCACUGUGAGGCUGCGGUCACCCACCUAGUGCAGGCUUGUAAACCAAAGGAAGUCUUUGACAACUUGUUUGGACAACUGGAGGACUGCGAUCCAGGAUUCAUUGGCGAGACAGUUAUAUUUCUCCUCCCACAUCUCCAGACAGUGAUGCUGCAGCUGGGGGAUGACAGGGGCCCGUGUGUGGGUGCCGUGCUGGAGGUUGCCCAGAGGCAGGUGGCCCGGCUGCCCGUGCCCUACACUAGGCAGCAGGAGAAGACCGACGUGCACGGCCUGUGCAAGUGCUGCGCCGUCCUGCUGGACUUCCUGCAGCCCUUUGUGGUGGAGGUGAAGACGGUCGACUCUAAGAAAGGAGCAGCAUCUGCUGCAAAGGGCCCAGUGAACGACAGGCUGAGAGAGGAUAUAGUCAAAUUUUGCAUGAUGAGCCUACGAGAGCCGCUGCUGCAGGCGAUACUGCAGGAUCCCAGUAGCCCCUUCUGGACCUUUGCCACUGGCAUUACGGCCAUACUAACUGCGAUCCAUAAGCCCCUGCCGGUCCUCCUGUUCCACCAGCCAAUGAGGAGGGGAGAUGAGUUCAUCUCUAAGGCUGCCAGCUACUCUGAAGAGUCUCGUGCCUGUCUCGCCUACCUCCUCUUUGUCCAGCUUAUUGCCAUGGAGACGUUUCCUGCCAUCUUUAGCCCUGUUUAUCUACUGCAGCGCAACAUGGAUUACGUAAACCUUUUGUCAGCUAGGAAAGAUGAAUCUUGGCUUACAAAAGGCCUGGAUCUGUGUGAGAAGAGUUUGGAGCGAGUGGAAGGCUGCACCCUACCAGUGGAGAUCCUGGAGCUCAGGUCCUUCUACACUGUCCCCCAGAACUUGGUGCAAAUCAUGACUGUUUGUCCAAUUAAGCAUUUGAAAACAAGGGCACUGCAUGUAUUCCAGCUCUUCAUAGAUAAACUGAAUGGGGAAGCCAAACACAGAUUCUUCAGGUGCAUGCUGACAACCAGCCAUCAUGCUGGGGUGGAAGGCCAUGUCAUCAAAAACAUCAAGAACCAGGUGGACCCUGCAAAUUGUGGACAGGUGAGCUGUUGGUUCUCAGGGGAGCACCUGCUGUCCCUGCUGCAGCUGGCCCUGUGUCUCCCACAGGGAGCAGAGACUGACCUGCUGCAUGGCAUGGACAGAGUCAUGGAGUCUCUCAACUUGCUCCGUUUCUUGCUUAUCAAAGAGAAGGAAAAGAGUUCUUCAAAGAGCAUGUGGGCAGAGUUGUGUAAGCUGGCUGACAGCUAUCUGAAGGUCCUGCGUGUCUGCCUCAGCAUGUCCAGGUCCUAUUACGGCUCCGAACUCAAGACUCUAAAAGAGAACCAGAAGAACAAAGCCAAGGAGAGAAGAGAAGCUCGGAAAAUUAAGAAACCAGUGCGUGAAAUCAAUGUGAGAGAUGAGAAGUUGUCUGACAUGUCUGAAAUGGAACAACAUCAGGUUCUUCAGUGUGCCAUGGUGACCUUUGACCUGAUGGACAGCCUGGCGGUGAGGAUAGAGGAGCUGACGGAAGACAGAGCUGCACGAGAGCCCUGACCCCUGACCUCAAAUGUUCCAGCAGCUAGGUUACAGCAUUGAACAAGCAACAUCUACAAAUUACAGUCAGUCAAUCACUGAUAAACCAGGACGGGGCCCAGAAUAAUGUAUCCAACGACAAACUCGUCGUCAAAAAUUGAUUCAAAAACAAUGAAAGCAGAUAGAUAUAUCGAGUGAAUUCAAAUCGAGUGAAUUCAUAAAAUAUGCAGACCCCUUGUGUUUUGUUUUACAUUUUCUUAUGUUGCAGCCUUCUGCUAAAAUGUACAGGUAUAGAAACUUUCUACAGGCUUCUCUUUUCGGGUUAGCAAAAUAUACGUCCAACAAUCUGGUUUUCAUGAAAAACAUAUACCGGUAAGACCAAAUGAGCAAAGUUUGCUGUCUGUGUACUUGCGUCUUGUGCAGAUGACAUUGUUAUGGCAUGACUGUUAUCUGUAAAUUCCGAACUUCAACCUGUGCAAGUUUGGAUUUUGAGUUUAGGAGAUUUAAUUAGCCUUUCCAGUAACUUUCGGGACUUGUAUGUUUCUGAGUAGUUUACGAAUGCUGUGUCCAUACCAUUGGAGUUUUGAUUUUAUAUUAGUGUAGUUUAACCUAAUUUGUUCAUCACGCUUCUAUACAAGUAACUUGCCAUGUGAGGACAUUUGUUGUUUUAUAUGGCUCGGUUUAACAGGAAUAUAACAAAACAGGUGUGUUGUUAAUAUUGAUUUUUAUUUUGUUAACAACUAUUAAAUA